AGCGCUCCUGUGCGCAGGCGCACUCUGGCGCCGGGGGAGGGAUGGGACCGAGCCCUCCUCCUCCUCCUCGGGGCAGAAGGGUGCGUGCACGCCCUCUGCCCAGAGGAGGAGGGGGGUCCCAUUCCUCCCCAGGCGUAGUGGCGCGCCUGCGCAAAGGAGCUCCCUUCCCCUCCGAGGCAUCCAGGCAGGGCAGGGCAGGGCGAGGCCGGCUGGUAAGCUGAGCGGAGGAGCCGAGAUGGGGAGCAAGAGGAGGCGGCGGAGUGGGAGUGGGAGCGGCGUCGGGAGCCGCUCACUCUGAGAGAGAGAGCCUCCCUCCAGAGCGGAUGCCAGGGGCUGCUGCUGCUGCUUACCUGCCGGCAGGUGCGCCUCCUCCGCCGCCACGAUGCUGGGCAUGAACCCCAAGCACCCCUUCGGCCUCCCGCUGCCGGAGGCCCCCAAGUUCCCCCCGGGACUCCACGCCUGCCUCUCGGCCCCGCAGGAUGUAUUCCCCACUGACCCUCCUCCGCGCUUCUCCCCCUUGCAGCUCCAGGGCCAUAUAUUCGGCGGCUUCGAGGAGAGCCUGCUGGUGGCGGCGGAUCUGCUCUCCUCCUCCUCGUCGUCGUCGUCGUCGCAGACCAAGAGCCAGCAGCACCCCUUCCAGGCCAUGAGCAGCGGCGGCGGCGGCGGCGGGCACCCGCACCACCCGCUCCAGCACCCCCACCCCCACCCGCCGCACCCGCCCCCCCACCAAGGCCUCGAGGGCGACCUGCUGGAGCACUUCCCUCCCUCCGCCUUGAUGGGGGGCCCCGACCCGUCGCUGCACCCGCACUUGGGCCACCUCAUGGCGCAGGCCCCUCCGCACCCGCACCCGCCUCCGCCCCCUCCGCCUUGCUUGGGCGACGUGGACUCGGACCCGCGGGAGCUGGAGGCCUUCGCGGAGCGCUUCAAGCAGCGGCGCAUCAAGCUCGGCGUGACCCAGGCCGACGUCGGGGCGGCGCUGGCGGAGCUGAAGCUGCCGGGCGUGGGCUCGCUCAGCCAGAGCACCAUCUGCCGCUUCGAGUCGCUCACGCUCUCGCACAACAACAUGGUGGCCCUGCAGCCCGUCCUGCGCGCCUGGCUGGACGAGGCCGAGGCCGAGGCGGCCCAGAGGCUCCGCAGCAGCGCCAAGGCCGGCGGCGGGGAGCUGCUCUUCGGCGGCGGCGGCGGGCAGGCGGGCGGCGGGGCGGAGCGGAAGCGGAAGCGCACCUCCAUCGCGGCGCCCGAGAAGCGCUCCCUCGAAGCCUACUUCGCGCUCCAGCCGCGGCCCUCCUCCGAGAAGAUCGCCGCCAUCGCCGAGAAGCUGGAGCUCAAGAAGAACGUCGUCCGCGUCUGGUUCUGCAACCAGCGCCAGAAGCAGAAGCGCAUGAAGUACGCCGCCGCCCACUGAGCAGGGCGCGCGGGGAGGGACCCACAGGCGCAGGCACACGCGGAGAGAGAGAGAGAGAGAGAGAGAGAGAGAGAGAGAUCCACGCGCGGGGAAGCCAGUCGCGCGGCUCGACAAGGAA